UGGCCUUGUUUUUAAUUAUAUUACUUGAGAAAAUAAUGUGAGAUCAUAGUUCAUAACAAUUUAAGACUUACUUUCUGGAGGUUUAUAAAAACAGUGGUUAUGUAGAGUAUUGUUUUUAUUUUGAUAUAAUGUAAAUAUUGAUGAAACUGAUAAAGUGAAGAUAAUGUCAUUGUUAUCACAGAUAAAUUUUAAGACUUCAUUAUUUACAAAUUGGUACAAUAGAAAUUAUUUAUUUAAUAUUUAGAACUUCAAAAUAAUUUAAUAUGUUUACUCUGACUAUGAGCCUUGGGCACUCACUAUCUUUCAAUUAUUUUAAUGACUGUCUUCCUUCUGCUACAGCUAUUUUUCCUGUACAAUCAAUUCAAAAGUUAUUAUUUUAAAAAAAGCUUUUAUUAUUUUUAAUUAGGGCAAUGGCUUUGUUUUCUCUUGUAAUCAGGAUUGUUGUGAUUUCUGUUUUAAAAAAUUUCUACUCAAUACUCGUCGAAGAAUAUUAAAUAUAUAUGUUGUUUAUUAGCAGUUGAAACAAUCUGUUGUAUUUCUUGUAAUGCCUGAGUUAAAGGAACUUUGGUUUCGUUCAAAAAAAAGUGCUGUAUUUCGUAAUUUUAAAAAGUUUUUUAAGAUUAAAAGGUCUCCUAAAAAGAAAGGCUAUAUUAGAUUUUUUACUGAAGAAGAGCAAAGGUGGAUGGAUGAAUAUGCCGCAAGGUAUUCCCAAUUGUCCACCAGGAUUGGAGUAUCUUACUAUGAUUGAUCAGUUGCUAGUUCACCAAAAAGUUGAAGUAUUGGAAGCUCUUACUGGCUUUGAAACCAAGAACAAAUUUACUGUUAAAAAUAGUUUAGGUCAAAAGGUUUAUUAUGCUGCUGAAGAGUCUGACUGUUUAACUAGAAAUUGCUGUGGCCCUUUGAGACCUUUUGAUAUGCAAAUUUUAGAUAAUUUUAAAAAUGAAAUUAUACAUUUACAUCGCCCUCUAGCCUGUGAUAGUUGCUGUUUUCCUUGUUGUCUUCAGAGUAUGGAGGUAUCAUCUCCCCCAGGGACAAUAGUAGGAACUGUUGAACAAGAAUGGAGUAUAUUUUGUCCAAGUUUUGCUGUGAAAAAUGCCAGUGGUGAUACAGUACUUCGUAUUGAGGGUCCUUUUUGCACAAUGAGCAUUUGUGGGGAUGUUGAGUUUAAAAUCAUGUCUGGAGAUGGGAGUGUACAAGUUGGGAAAAUCUCAAAACAAUGGUCUGGAGUUAUUAGGGAAAUGUUCACAGAUACAGAUUAUUUUGGAAUUACAUUUCCUAUGGAUUUGGAUGUGAGAAUGAAGGCGGUGAUGCUAGGGGCCUGUUUUCUUAUUGAUGCUAUGUUCUUUGAAAAAGCCAAAGGAGGUGAAAAUGCUUCAAGUAUGCUAUAGCUGCUAGCUUAAUAGGCAUUCUCCCACAUAUAUUCUCGAGUAUUUUAUUUAUAUAUAAUUUUGACUCAAAUAUUUAACUCAAAUAUAGAAUUUUUUUAAUUUUUUUUUAUAAUUUGUAUAUGCAUAAGAAAACUAUUUUUAAUAAAUAUCUAUAUAAAACUAUAAAAAUGAGACAAUAUUGUAAUUGUGUGCCAAGAUAUUGAGUUGUUUGAUGUAUUUUAAGAUUUAAAUAAAGUUUGUUGGUUGUA